GGACCACAGCAUGAUUGAGGACGGUGCUUCAGGCUCUCUUCUCUUGGUAAAUCAACCAGGAGUGUACCAUUGUGAAGUCGCAUACGGAACCUUAAAAGAUUGUUCGAGAAAUGUUCACGUGGUGAACGUCUCACAAGAGUCGAUGUACAAGUGUGCCGUCCCUGAUGUAAAUAUAGCGGACUUAAACAUUGACCGAUCGGCUCCACUAGGUACAGGCAGUUUUGGAACUGUGUAUAAGGGCAGGUGGCUGGGUUCAACCGUGGCUGUUAAAGCCAUACCCCUGGCGAAGCGUUCAAGAGAAAAUACCAUAAAAAUGAUUGAGAAGGAAGUGAUGAUCUCCAGUAAACUGCGACAUCCCAACAUUAUGCAGUUCCUCGCAUUGUCAAAAGAGCCGAAUGCAUUCUACUUGGUGUAUGAGUACAUUGAUGGGUGUAAUAUGGAGGAGUUAAUUUUCGAUGACGAGACACGCAGGACCAUGAAUGUAACCUCAUCUAAAAAAAUCAAGAUUAUGACGGAAGUUGCGCAAGCUAUCGCUUAUAUGCAUGGCCUGAGUCCAAUGGUAAUACACCAGGAUAUCAAACCCAGCAAUGUCAUGAUAAAUCGUUCGUCAUUGGUCGCAAAGGUGUGUGACUUUGGGAUAAGCAGAGUCAGAUCAUUCCUUGCAGCUACUACCACAGUCAUAGGAAAUGCAGGUGGAUCCCCGAGCUACAUGGCCCCCGAAUGUCUUCUUGGUCCAGGCAAGUCCACGGCGGCGUCUGAUGUGUGGUCUUUAGGCAUUACAUUCCUUGAGUUACUUAGCGAGAGGGAUGCCUGGGGUAUCGAUGGUUCCAUGACGCCAAUCGAAGACAUCAAGCAUAGUAUGAUGGAGAAGAGAUCACCCAUCAAGCCAACGGAUGCUCCUGGCCUAUCCAAAGAAUUACGACUGAUGCUCGAGAGAUGUUUGUCGUUUCAAGCAGUCGACCGUCCAAGAGCUAUUGAAGUCCUCCAUACAUUGAAGGCGUAGCCCUGCCUUACGAAUAUGCCUCCGAGUUUGAGACAUAAUGAUGAUUGUUACAGUAAGAAUUCAUACUUUGUUGAUUUGUUCAGUAUGUUGUAUGUUCUAAUGUUAGUACUUUUGGCAUCUUUAUUACAUGUAUUACGCCCCAUCGGCCUGAAAGACAUAGUGUUAUAAGCUGGUUCUCUCUGAAUUUGAGCUCAAGUAGAAAUUAAUGGCUAUUGCGGUCCAAGCUUGUAAACUUUUUAUAGGGGUGCCAGACUGUUGGUCAUUAUUGUGCUGAUCAAAACUGGUUUUGACUUUCCCGCCAUAAGUAUUCGUUUAUAAGCCAGAGCGAUGCACAGAUGACGUUUGCAACAACCAUUUAAUUCGUUGCAUGUUUCAAAAAUUUGUAUCAAAA